CUAGUCCACAUCUCUGCCAUUUUUGCCGAAUCCGAAGCUCUCUUAUCUUCUUCUCCUUCUCCCCCGGAGAUUCGCGUCUCAUCUAUAGAUUGUAACUUAGGUUUUUUUUUCUCUCUAUUGAUUUGUAUUUCAAACUACUGAUUGAUGUAAUGCUCGCGAUCGAUUAGGUUUGAAUUAGGGAAAUUUCGAGUUUCUUUCGAUUCGUGUAUUCAUAUAUAGACCUUAAGAUGGAUAAUUCGCGUAGACCGUUUGAUAGAUCCAGAGAUCCAGGGCCAAUUAAGAAACCUAGGCUCAGCGAUGAACCAAUCCGUCCCGUGAAUUCCAACGCUCGGCAGCAGUUAUUAUCGUCGCAGAGGACGGCGGUGGGAGCUCCACCGUCAAGGUUUCGAGCAGCUGGUGGUGGUGGUGUGAGGGAAACGGAGAGUAGUAGUGAGGCGUAUGAGCCGCAACUGGUUCAUCCACAUUACGAGCUUGUGAAUCAGUAUAAGUCGGCGUUAUCUGAACUCACGUUUAAUUCGAAGCCGAUUAUAACGAAUUUGACGAUAAUUGCUGGAGAGAAUGUUCAUGCUGCCAAGGCCGUCGUGUCCACCAUUUGCAAUAAUAUUCUCGAGGUUCCAAGUGAUCAGAAGCUGCCAACAUUGUACCUUUUGGACAGCAUUGUGAAGAACAUUGGAAGGGAUUACAUUAAGUACUUUGCUGCCAGGCUACCUGAGGUAUUUGUCAAGGCUUACAGACAAGUUGACCCUCCUAUGCGUUCUAACAUGCGGCAUCUCUUUGGAACCUGGAAAGGAGUCUUUCAUCCGCAAAUACUUCAGCAAAUAGAGAAAGAACUUGGCUUUAAUGCUAAAAGUGAUGGCCCAGCAGCUGCUGUUACCACAGGCAGAACUGAUCUGCAACCUCAGCGACCACCAAAUAGCAUCCAUGUGAAUCCCAAGUAUCUAGAAAGGCAACGCCUCCAACAGUCAGGGCGGACUAAAGUAAUGGUUACCGAUGUCCCUGAGAUCGCAUCCAAUUUGACUAGGGAUCCAGAUAGGAUGGAGAGAGCUUCAAGCAUAGCAUCUGGAGGCUCAUGGGCAGGUCAAGCUAAAGUGAAUACCAUUCGACGACCUCAAAGAGACACACUCAGUGAACCCCUCUACGAGAAAGAUAUCGAGUCAAUAGCAGAGGAAUAUGAUUAUGCUCCUGAUCUACCGCAUAAUUCUAGACCAGUGCUUAAGAAAGUUGGUCCAAGAGUUACUGAUGAUGGGAGUGAAAAACAAUGGUACGACGCUAUGAGCAGGGGUUCUGAUCUGACUUCUGGCCAGAGGGAAGGGUUACACACCAAAAGCAGAAUUUCCAACUACGCUACCGCGAGACUAGAAAACUCGGAAUCAGGUGGUCCCAGUAGAAAUAUAGGCGUGCCUUAUGAUAGUUGGAAAAACUCUGAGGAAGAAGAGUUUAUGUGGGAUAUGCACUCAAGGGUAUCCGAAACAGAUGUGGCCGCCAUUAACCCGAAGAUUGAGUUUCAGGCUUCAGAUGAAUCAGAAAGAUUGGAAUCUAAAAAUCACCUCUUGAAACGACCAAGGUAUUCAGCUAUCGACCCAAGGCUUGAUCCGGUGAAUUCGACACACUCUUAUUCCAGCGAGCAAAAAGAUCCAAGUAUUCUUGGCCCCUGGACGUCUUCUCCUAGAUCUAUGCAUGAUUCAGAAGUUUUUCCUUCUGUUAGUGCAACCUCCAAUGCAGCUAGAAAGGGAAUUCAGCCUCAAUCUAGGAUUGCUAGCCCUGGAACUUUGCCAGUCUUAGGACCCGUGUCAGAUAGACAGUCGCCUUUACAUGUAUCAGCUUCUAAACAGAAUGUGACCAAGCAAGAUUUUGGAAGAGCUCAUUCCCUCCCUCAACGUGAUCCUAGGGCUUCCAGGUUUCCAGCGAAACCUAAAGGUGACUCCGUACGGCCGUUAUCUUCAAGUAGCCAGUUAAAAAACACAAAUACGCUUGAGCUACCUGAUGCAUCCCAAGUUGAAAAGUUUGACUCUAAGUCAACAGCUGAUAAUGCUCCAGGGCCAGCCAACAUGAAUGAUUUGUUGGCAGCUGUCAUGAAGAGUGGAAUCCUUUCAAAUGGUGGAAACAAGGAGAUGUGUCAAAACGAGGUUGACCCGAGGGCACAAACCCUCUCAGCAGUCUCUAAGCUUAAGACUUUGCCAACUUCAGUGGCUGGCGCAGUGUCUCUUACUGGUGUCAAAUCAGCACAGACAUCAAAAGAGAAUAGUAAGGCCUCAGAUCCUAUUUCGUCCCUCUUGAGCUCCUUAGUUUCAAAGGGCUUGAUAUCUGCUUCAAAGCCGGAGCUGCCAUCUCUCCCUCAAUGUGCGGCUCCUUCAGUUUCACAGGACCACAGUCCUGAUCAUUCUACCAGUAGCUCUAUGUCUGUGGUUCCAUCAGAUGCUCAGCCAGUGGUUUUGGUGAAGAAGGGUCCUUCCACUGACCUGAAGGUUGCACCAGUGGAAACAGAAAAAACGGAACCUGAAAACCUCAUAGGAUUGAAGUUCAGAGCAGAUAAAAUCCGUGAACUUCACCCCUCGGUGAUUAGUAGUCUCUUUGAUGACCUUCCACACCUCUGCACCACAUGUGGCGUACGCCUUAAGCAACUGGAAGAACUUGACAGGCACAUGGAGGAGCUGCACGAUAAGAAGAAGCUCGAGUUAAGUGGCACGGCCAGUAAAUGUAGGGUUUGGUUUCCGAAGGCUGAUGACUGGAUAGCAGCGAAAUCUAGAGAGCUAGAACCUGAAUAUGAGGAAGAUCUGAGUGACCCCGAGAAUGCAGACGAGGAUGGUCCAGCCAUAGUUGCUGAUGAGAAACAGUGCGCAUGUAUAUUAUGUGGAGAGGUGUUUGAGGAAUAUUUCAGUCAAGAAAUGGAUCAAUGGAUGUUCAAAGGAGCUUCUUACCUUACCACUCCUCCGGAAGAGAGUGAGGCCAAUGGACCGAUCGUCCAUGCAGCUUGUUUGACCAAGAGCUCUUUACCGGGCUUGGGAGUUGGUAAUGCAAUCAAACAGGAAAUGAUUGAGUAGCCUGCAUAUGAAGGCUAAAGAAUACUAUGCUGGAGGAAGCGGUGGGCAUCACAGGGGGAAACAGGUUUGGUCGAUUUCACGUGAUGCUAGUUUUGUAGAAAAGUUUCAUGCUUCGAGUUGAGGAAAAAAGAAAGAUGUGCAGUAUCUUAAAAAAAAGAAGAAAUAUAUUACUGUCUACUUUCUUCAUUCUAUAGAAAAUACAAAAGAGCAAAGAGGCCUUCCCAGUAUUUGCACAUUCCAGAUUAUAUAUGCCUUUCUUCAUGUUUCACAAGGUUUCUUAUGAACACAGAUUUGUCAGGCUACCUAUCAUGAACAUCCAAAGCAACAAACCAAUGACCAUAUAUGUUACCUUAGCAAUGACUAUUUUGUUUAUUUCAGUGGAAAGAUUGUUUUAUCAUACAGCAUGUCCAUAAGUCAUUUUGUGUAGUUAUGGUCCUCAUAGAGCGGAUUCAGUUAACAACAAAUGGAGAGAAGAGAGAGGCAACAUGUUUUAUGAGUUAAAGCAGAGUGACGGUUCUUAUGCUUCGCUGUUCCUUCCUUUUGGGAAACUUCAAUUUUCACGUGAACAAGAGCUGGGUCAAAUAUUAACGUGUAAUCGGAUAGGAUUAUCUUUGUUUCUUUCAAUAUACAGCCUUUAUUCGUUUUGGUAACGUCUAAAUAUAUUUGAACUAUGUUGGCUUUUGAGAUAUGUAUGGAACAAAUUGAUCAAUAGUGAAUACACACAUACAUGUACGAAAGGUCUAAACAUAUUUUAACUAUGUAGGCCUUUUGAAAAUACAACACAUGUAGCUCACAAUAUUUGUGACCCUGCCUUAUAUAGGCUUGAAGUUUGAAAAGAAUUCCUUGCACAUGAAAAGCAAUCAACAGGGAAAGUCUUUUGUUGGUUAGAAUCAAUUAAAUAAAUGAAUUCAAUAUUUUGGUACGUCUUUUUAUUUCUUCUUUUCAUCAGCUUCUCCUCCCACCAAGACGUUUACAGUACGUACUUUGAACCUCUCAAGCUUCUGCACAACAUCCUCCACUAGACUGCCCCCUCGGGAGCGUGUCGUGUACAUAUCAACGCUGCUAUCAAGCUUUGAACGCUCGUCAUCUUGAAUCAUGUCUUGUUUCUCUUUACGAUCUUGUAACUCAGAUAUGUUGGCUGCUCUGCUAAGUUUAGAGACCAUUGCUUUGUCGCUCAUUAUUGCGUUCGUGUAAAUCGAGAAUGAUACACAAAACAAUGAUCUUGAAAUAAAUAGAUGGAAAAAUUAUCGGUGUUUCGUUUGGUUAUUGAUGUUUAAAAUGUAUGUUGGAUUGUG